AUGUCGCACCCUGAUGACAAGGUCUCUAUGGACUACGGUCCCGUCCGCAACCGCUUCCCGACGCUCUUUGAGGUGUUGAGCCGCAAGACGGUCGCACCUCUAGAUCUCUUCUCCUUUUACAUCUACAUGCGAGACCAGCAGCGAUCGGUCGACUACCUAGACUUCUGGCUCGAUGUCUCACAGCACUUGCAGCUAUGCCGCCUUUAUGUCCGUAGAUUACAUCGCAGUAUGAUUGAGGGAACACCCGAUCUGGACAACCACAGGUAUUCGAAUUUUGCCAUGGACAAUGGUGGAGAAGGACCAUCCAAUGAAAAAGGCGACAACAUGUCCGACCAGCGAUUGUCCGCCUUCCUUCGCUCCGAACGUGGAAGUCCCAACCAUUCGCCGCAGCACAGCCAAGGCAGCAACCAGACUGGCGACUUUCAAAGACCGAGUGCGCAUAUGUCCGAGACACCCGGUGAUUCGAGCUCGCCUGGCCACAACUCAUCUUUCGACAACACGCAGCCAGGGAGAGAGGACCUACGUGCAUCGGCAGAAAAGAUUCUCUACACAUAUCUGCUUCCAGGCUCAGAACGAGAGAUUAUCAUUCCCCAGAGCAUUUUGUCCGAUGUCCAAGAAGCGAUCGAAGGACCGGAGCAGCGUGCAGAUCCCGAGCUCUUUGACCAGGCUAAAGACUAUGUCUUCCAAGCGAUGGAGCGCGAUGCAUAUCCUGGGUUCCUGCAGAACAAGGGCCUUGGCAACCUUGUGCCUCAGAGCAUGAUGGUGCGCCUGAUUGUGGGAUUGAUCAGCUUCUUCGCGGCCAUGUGGACUUCGUUCAUUCUCAUCUUUCUGGACAAGUCAAGAGCUACACGGUGCUGGAUCAUUCUCCCCUUCACCAUUGCUAUAUACCUGAUAUUCACCCACCAGUACAUGCUCGACCCCAUCAUUGCCCUUGCGGGUUACAGCGAGUACACUUUCUUCGAUUUCAACAAGAUCAGGGAACCGUUUGUGAAGAAGACGCUCGCAAGACGCUCCCUGACGGUCCUGCUCAUGUUCUUGGUAGUCACAGUAGCCCUGUGCUGCCUCUUCAUCUUCGUUCCAGGCAAGCGCCUGUGA